CAGUAUUCGGUGGAGAAGACGGCGGUACGGUACUCACGAUCGUGGUGAAGAACGUCGGACAUCUUGAGACGAUUAUCGGUGUGUUAUUGUUGGUGAUUUCGUAUUCGGAUUUUCUUUGUUUCGCUGUGAACUUCAGUAGUACUGGUGUGUUGUGAGUUUUUGUGAGUGAUUUAUGGAAAGAGGAAUUAAGGUGUGUUGUUUAUAUUGAACCGGUGGUAUGGGGUGUUGAGGAUACUAUCUACCAGGAACCAGGACUAGUACUUCUUAUUACAGAGUUUUAGACUCAAUUUCUUCUAUUAAAGUAUUAAAAGAUAAAUGGAAUGGCUUUUAUUAACAGACUGGUCCUCCAAAUUUUGCUGUUUCUUCCGUCGGUGAUACAUUGUAUAGGUCUAUGCGAAGUCGAGAAUGGAUCAUCGAACAUCAUCCUGGACAUCGAAGAAAGCCGGGGAUCUUCCAUUAGUCAAGAAACCGUUCCUAAAGAAUUACCGAUAAUUGGGGAACCGAAUGUAGAUAUCUUCCUUGAACUGUCCUUCCCAAAAGGACCGCCACUGUUUUUCCUCAAUGAGAAAAAACUACAACUAUUAGCACCAAUAGACAGAGACGAAAAUAAUUUGUCGCACAUAGUUUUUCAGUUAAUAUGUACGAUAAGAGCGACUCAUAAAAUUAAGACAAUUCCUGUGAUAGUAAGACUGACAGAUAUCAACGAUAAUAGCCCACAAUUUGUAGGAACGCCCUACGAAACUAGCAUAUCAGAACUAACGCCUAUAGGAACGACGAUUUUUCAAAAUAUCAAUGCCAAAGACAAAGAUACCGGAGUGAAUGGACAAGUUGAAUAUUCCAUAAUCAAAGGAACCGAUAUACCACCAGACGAAGGUAUGGGACGUCAAAGGAUCCACAGCGAAGAUGGAUACGGAUACUUUAGUAUAAAUUAUCCUCACCAGGGUCAAGUUACAGUUAACAAAACUCUGGAUUUCGAAAAAACCCAGAGAUACUUCCUCACUAUUUUAGCCACGGACAAGUCUAAAGAUGAGAGGCAAAGAUUAUCAUCGACGACAACACUUACGAUCAACAUUAAGGAUGACGAUGAUCUACCACCUUCGUUCAUCUACAAAGGAUGCAUGUUGCUAGACGGAUCCUGCAUUAAUCCAGAGUAUUCUGCAUCGAUCUCCAGUGGUGUCAACCAGGGUGUUUUGAACGUGUCUCCCGAAAAAGUCCAAGCCAUCGACAUGGACACGAUCAAUUCGCCAAUCAAGUACUCGUUUGUCAGUGGCAGCCCAGAGACUUUUUCCGAAUAUUUUAAGAUUAAUCCGGAUACAGGGGCGGUGCACCAAAUUAAAGCGGUGGAGUCGUCGAUUACCAAGAAAUUUAGCAUUAUUAUAAAGGCUCAAGAAGUCUCAGAGGCGAAAAGAUCAACGACAGCAAAACUGUUCAUCACUGUCAAGCCUGUCGAUGCUCAUCCGCCUGAAAUAGUCCUUUCCGCUCGAGAAGGUUACGUAAAAGAAAAUUCUCCAAUAGGGGAAGAAGUGUUUGAUGGAAAUGGCAAGCCGUUAAUUGUGACAGUUGAAGAUAAAGAUUUUAGUACCAACGAUCCCAAACCACAAUACACCUUUGAACUAACCAGUCCAUAUUUUAUUGUGGAUAAAAACGGAUACUUGGUGGUCAACGAGAACAAUCUGGAUAGAGAUCCCCCCAAUCCAGGAAAAUUCAAAUUCCAAAUUGUCGCAAGGGAAAAGAACGGAGUGGCAGCUAGUGCCCCUGCCUCCGUCACUGUCAAUUUGCUGGACGUCAAUGACAAUGCUCCUGUAUUGCCUAUUAUUCCACCCGUAUCAGUACCAGCAGGUGAUGUGAAAAGAAAAGUUACCACAAUCCAUGCUACAGACAACGACGAAGACGAAAAUGCAGAAAUCAAGUACUCGAUUUACCAUGUUUCCAAUAAUGGAAACAAUAAGUUUUCCAUCGAUGAAAAUACUGGAGUUAUUACCACCAUCGGAAAACUAAAUGCCGGAGAUCAGUACAGUUUAACAGUGCAAGCUACAGAUUCAGGUGGUCUCUAUAGCCAAGCCAUCGUCGAAGUCACAGUGAGUCCAGGACCAAAUACAGAAGCUCCAGUUUUCGAGCAAUCAGUGUAUGACAUCGAAGUUAGUGAGGGUGCUACAAUAAACUCCACUGUUGCCACACUUUUGGCUGUUGAUCCUGAAGGAGACCCCGUUUUGUAUUCAAUUGUUUCUGGAAAUGACUUGAGGCAAUUCGCCAUUGGCUCUAGAUCGGGUGUAAUAUCGAUUAUCCGUAUGCUAGACAGAGAGGAUUUGAACAGAUAUCAAUUGAUGAUAAAAGCUGAGGAUACCGGCAAAUUGUCCAGCACCGCCACCGUCAACAUCAAAGUGACCGAUAUCAACGACAAGAACCCGGAGUUCGAGGGCGAUCCCUACUUGUUCCGCGUCAGGGAGGGCCUGGAAAAAACGUCAGUCGGUUUCGUGAAGGCCGUGGACGCAGACGAGGGCAUCAACGCCAGGAUAACCUACUCUAUUCCCACGGGACUGCCGUUCAACAUCGACAACGAGACGGGGGAGAUCAGGACGAAUCGGCCGCUCGAUUACGAGACGCAAAAAGGAUAUCAGUUCGUGGUAACAGCAAAAGAUGGCGCACCCGAUCCGAGAAUCGCUACAGCAACUGUAGCGGUUGAAGUUGAAGAUGUCGAAGAUGAAGUCCCGGUUUUUAGAGACGAAAAAUACGAGGCACUGAUCCCGGAAAAUAUGGCUGAUCAUUACGUCACAACAGUCGAGGCUUUUGAUCCGGAUACCAUCAAGAAAAUAACCUACGUCAUUCACCAAGGUCCAACGGACUUGUUCAGAAUCGAUGAAAAAACCGGCGCCAUCUACACCACCAGGGGGCUGGAUUUCGAAAAGGAUGACCGACACGUACUGAUCAUCGGUACUUUGGAAAACAUGUCCAACGAGAAGAACAGUACGACAAAAGUUAUCGUGGAUGUGGAGGAUCGGAAUGAUAUACCUCCUGUUUUUACCAUUAUCCCACAUCCGAUUAGUUUAGAAGAUGACGUGGCAAUAGGUACGACGGUAACUACACUGGUAGCUACUGAUUCAGACGGUACUGCUCCAGGAAAUAAGGUGAGAUAUGAAAUUAUUGGACGUGGAAAGGCAACAAAAUAUUUUCAAAUUGAUCCAGACACCGGUACGCUGAGAGUAACUAACGAUUUGAAGAAAGAAGUAGAUACCGAGUACCAGGUUGAUGUUCGAGCCUACGAUUUAGGCGAGCCACAACUAUCCUCCGUCAUUACUGUUGAAGUAUUUAUUCAACACGUGGCAACGGUGGCCCCUGAAGUAGGACUUCGUUUUGCCGAUACUUCCUAUACCGUACAGUUACCAGAAAAUGCCACAGUCGGAGAAAAAAUCAAGACACUAACUAUAGUCAAUGCCAAAACGCACGGCACGAGUAUUCCACUUAAAUGCCAGAUAAUCAGCGGCAACAAAGAAGGAAAAUUUGUUCUCAAUGUCACCGAGGACCGCAACUGUGCCAUCUACCUCAACAAUUCCCUAGAUUUCGAAACCCAAGAACAGUACAUUUUCGACGUUGAAAUCAUGUCACUGCAGGGUUUCAUCAACAAGGAUUUCGCUGUCACCCAAAUCACUGUCAACGUCCAGGAUGUCAACGACAACAAGCCAAUGUUCAUCUAUCCUGUCGAGUCGAGUUUAAAUUACAGAAACGUCAACCGCAGUAGAAUCGAGGACGUUGGUGAUAAUGACAUUGAAACGCACUCGAGUGGGGAUAGAUUUAAAAUGAAGUAUUACGCGGCCAUUCCUAUAGAUUCAGCUAUUAACUCGGCGGUUACUCAGAUUAAAGCUGAGGACAUGGAUAGUGGAAAGUUUGGUAGAGUUGUGUAUAAUCUUGCAGGAAAUUUCAGUGAAGAUUUCUUCGCUAUCGACCCAUCCUCGGGAAUAAUCAGAACGAAGAAAACAUUCGACUACAUCAACGAGGAGCAACUUCCAUUUAAACUGACAGCUGUAGCUAGAGACAAUCCCAAUGCGACAAGUAACUAUUUUCAAAUCAGUACGCCACUGAUCGUCAACUUGAUUACGCCACUGAACCGACUGAUACUAGUGGUGGGGGAUGCGACGCCCAGUGCGGUGCAGAAAAAACUUGACGAUAUUUUAAGGAUCGUGCAGGACCAAUCAGGAUUAAUUGCAGGUGUUGAAAAAUUAGGCUUCAGGGAGUUCAUAGGAGCUAACGGAACCUUAGAGAUAGACCAAGAAGGAACUGAUAUUUGGUUCUACGUUAUUGAUCCAGAAACUGAUAAAAUCCUACCCCGAAACCAUUCACUGGUUAAAAGAAUGAUACUGGAUAAAUCAUCGAUGGACAAUAUCACCUUCGACAUAACAGCUCAAAUAAAGAACACGGCUUUCAACAUUCACGAACCUCUUGUACUGUCCAAAAUAAAAUCGGCCUCGAUAGCUUCCUUUAACGGGGAAGUGUUCCCAUAUGCUUUGAUUAUUAUUGCCUGUAUUAUUUUUGUGUUGGGCAGUGUAGGAAUUAUUUACAUAUGCGUUUCAUGGUCCAGAUACAAGUCAUUCAAGGACCACUACUCGAACGGCCGACAGUAUGUCGUACCGGCCAGUCCGGCCAGGUACGACACUGUAUACGUCGAGCCAAACUUGAAAGAGUACGAGACGCAAGUACUCCAAAUGGUGGUACCUGUGGACGACCAAGAGGACUACAACGACCUGCAGAUCGAUUUCAGCAACAAGAACCACGCUUUUAGCUUGGAAAAUGUUAGCUAUAUAGGGAAGGAUACGAAUUUGAAAAAUUACGAUAAGGCCAGCCCAAUAAGUAGCGAGUCCGCGACGACAGCUAGGGCAUCUAGCGUGGGCGAUAACCAUCUAAUUAAAAAUACUAACAAUACUUUAAGGAGGGAUAACAUAUACAGAUCGUCAGACGAGGAUGACAUGAACACCAGUCCUACCAACGACAACGUCAUGUUCAAAGAAAAGAAAGACUACAACAACAUACAUUUAGGGUUUCCGUACGGUGACCGAUCUCCUAUAGAAACCACAACGGAACUGUAAAUAAAUAUUAACUAAUCUAAUUAUAAUUAGAACCACGAUUCACAUACAGCCGGUACAUAUAGUCUAAGCAUAGUAUAAGGAACUAUUAAGGUUACCGAGAUACCAAUGCUCGUACCUCGAAUUUGUAGCACCCUCUAUAUCGAUAUUCAUCAAUAUAAUUUGACACAUGUCAUGACAUACUUUAGACCGUAGGUACCGGCUAUAUGUGUAUCGUUAUUAGAACAAAUUUUAUGAUAUGUGUAAAAAUGAUUAGCUCAAAAUUGUUACUCAACUAGCAUAAUCAUUGCCUACUCCAAUUUCAACUUGAUAAUAUCAGAUUCCUAAAAAACAGCGUCAUAUAGCUUUCAAAAUAUAAUAGACCUAUCAGCAACUAACAUUAAAAAUGAGUCAAAAGUUUUUGCUUGGAAUGAUUGACGUAGCUGAAAAAUUUUAACUUUUUUUCAAGUAAGUAAUAAUUUUUUACAAGCCCAAGAGGUCGUCCCAACGGAAAUUAUCAUUAAAUGUUACUGCAGAGGCUACCGUGACGCUGUUUUUUUUUGACCGUAUGGUAUACUAAAAUCAUAUUUCAUAUUUGUUACACCUCAUGUAAUUAGCAAAUAAAGAGAUAACUAACAGAUAAAAUUAUAACAGAGUGAUGAUAAUACUGUAUGAUCCAAAAAAAAACAGCGUCAAAGACGGCUGGGGAAUGACAAUCGAUGGUAAUUUUGGCCAGAUCAAUCUCUAGACAUCGCUUACUAAAAAUUGGGAUAAAGCUUGU